AUGCGACAAUUUGCAUUAAGUUUUUGGCGUUCGCUUAAUGGUAGUAAAUUCGCUUUUAUUGCAACGCCUGCCAUCAAUAAUAAAAGGUUAAUUUCGACACAUUUAAUGCCAACGAUUCCAUUCAAACGAGAAAUAAAAGUAAAAGAAAUCGGUGUAUGUGGACAUAAGUAUGUAUUUGCAAGAACAACCGAAACCACAAACACAACAACAGCAGCUUUCAUUUGGCGAAGUCAUCCAUUUGAAUUCAUUUUUACUCCACAAUAA